AUGACCAUUGCAUGGACUUGGGGAGAUCGAAAGUAAUUUUGGACUUACCCCACCCUCUCAGAAAUUUCAAGAUCCACACAUGGCAAAAAACCGGAAGUAAUUCAAACCUCAUUAUCGCUUUCGUCAUUUUUUUCUCAACAGUCACGAUGAUAACACCGCUGACAAACUAGUGUUCAGUCCUACGCCGACCACUCCACCAGUGAGGUGCAGCCCACACAAUAACAUCCUUUUCUUAAAAACCCACAAGACAGGUUCGAGUACCAUAGCAAAUAUUUUCUAUCGUUACGGAGACUUAAAAAAUCUUACGUUUGCUCUUCCGAGUGCUACAUUACUAGGAUGGCCCAAUAGAUUCCAAGUCUACUUUCCUUUUCGUUUGCAAGACAAAACACCGGACAUCCUGUGCAAUCACGCUAGAUUUAACAAAAUACCCAUGAACUGGCUUUUUCCCAAAGCAACCUGCAAGUACGUUACCAUUCUUCGGAAUCCCGUGGACAAUUUUGAGUCAGCGUUCAGAUACAUGAAUAUGGGUCGACACAUAGGUAUAAGAGAUGAUCCUGAAUCCUUGAAAAAGUUCCUGACACAUGGAAUUUCAUUCAUUAAAAUGCGUCAAAAGGCGGAGCCUCUCAUCAGAAAUCCCCUCAUGUUUGACUUGGGACUGAGUUUUAAGCAUUACCAGAACAUCACAGCUGUAAAGGAAUAUAUUAGAUUCCUGGAAAAAGAGUUUGACCUGGUUAUGAUCAUGGAAUACUUUGAUGAAUCUUUGGUGUUGAUGAAACGACUGCUUUGCUGGGAAAUUGAAGACAUUUUGUAUUUGAAACUCAAUGAAAGACAAGACGAGGAAAAGGGGACAACACUGACAGCGGAUGUGAGAGAAAAUAUCAAAAGAUGGAAUAAAGCCGAUGUGCUGUUGUUUGAAUAUUUUAAUCAGUCUCUCUGGUUUAAGAUUGAGAGCGAAGGGGAGAACUUCUACGAGGAACUGGCCACUUUUCGUAAACGAAGACGUGAAUUACAAAACGCGUGUGUAGAAAAUGAAACGCGUUUAGAAACAGUAUAUAAUGGAAAGAAAGUGAAAAGUUAUUCUCUUAGAAAAGGAAUGCCGAAAGAAUUGAAGACUUUGUGCGAAAAACUAACAAGAGCUUCUAACACCUAUCUAAGAUACCUAAGAAAGAAACACGAGGAGAAACUAGCCAACGAACUCGACGAGGACGAGGAGAGCUGGAACCUAUCAACAGAUCUAGUUUAUAAUCCCGUUUAACUGACCGCAUCUUCCAAGAAAGAUCUUUUUAAAAAAGUCCAAGGGUUGAUAAGUGACGGAGUAAAAAAAUCAUUCCGGCUCUCGUUGUUUGAGUUGUCUCGUUUGGCUUUCCUUUUUUAUCUUAAAGCUGAUUCAAAGUUUGUGCUUGCCGGAAAAUGCAGCUAUCCGUUUUAAUCUUUGCAAGAGAAUAUAAAUUGUCUUUUGAUCUUUGUCAUUCUUUUUCAGGGUUAAAACAAUUGUGUAAAGUCUGUUGUUUGUGAGAUUGUUGCCUUCCUUAAAAUUCGCCCUUUCUGAGCUAAUAACAAAAACAUUCUUUGUGCAAAGGAAAGGUAACAAAAACGUUUCCUCGGAGACACGCGACCAAAAGUGGGGAGAAGCAGACUAAUUGACGCUCUGCACGAUGUAUUUAUGAGGGACAAAUAAAAGAUAAAAAAAUAUGUAAAGAAAUUAUUUCAUUACAAGUCUUAAAAUUCAUUCAUUCUUGUUUCAUCUUGGAAAAUGACUGCUUCAUUUGUGUCUUUCUACCUUACCAAAGUCGCAUUUUGUUGUCUCAGCUUCAAGAUAAUACCAUUGUCGGGGUUUAUGGAGGUGUCGCCCCAUUACAAGUUGGCCACCAACCACUCUUGCGCCUUCGCCCCCUAAAGUAAAACAAGUUCAUUCUAUUUUGUUUGUCAUUGUUUCCAUUUGUAUUCCUUAGUAAUACUGAUAUAAUUAAUCAAUAUUUUCUUCUUUCAAAGCCGAAAUCGAAACCGAAUUAUUUAAAAUGAAAUUGGCACGUUCCAGGGACAAGUGACAUUUUUUCGACUGCGUGUAAUAGUCGACGGAUAACGACAAACGUAGAAAAAACCCAUAUUUGUCCCUCAAAACAGCCGAAAUUCGACGAUAACCAGCAAUAACUGCCGUGACUGAAUGAUACGCUGCAAAAUUACUGCGUCAGACGUACACUCUCAUAGUGACAAAGAUGUCGCGAUGAAACAAAACAAAAAGUCCAUACUUGCAAAGCAUAGUAGUUUUCUCGCUGGUCUCCAAGGAAACACCUACCGUAAGGAACAAUGUUUUUGUAUCAAAUCAAAAAGCGCUAAUUAAGUUGUGAGUACUUUUCAUUUUUUGUAGUGUUGUAGUCUGAAUAGUGUGGAUGACUAUAAUCUAUGAUCUAAAGUUUUGCUCGCCCACGAAUUAAGUAGAGAUGACUUUGAACUGUGCACAUGAAAAGGUAUUCUGAUGAAUUCUAACGGUUCCUACGAGUUUAUCUGAGGUCACUAAGUCCUGUCAUCGGUACAUAAAGGAAUUGUCCUGGCUCUAUGUCAGCAAAGAAUUAACUGGCAGUUUUUUACGAGUAUUCAAGCUGGGAAUAAUGACGCGGAAACUCUUGGUUCGCGUGGCCUUUCUUCUUGUGUCUGCUGUCUUCAUUUAUUUGACGAGGAGAUUGAACGUGAACUAUACGGCUUACUCCUCUGAUGAAACAGUUGGAAUUUCCUAUGAAGACAUGAGGUGAGUUUUACCUCCAGUCACGGAUUCAAAAUAUCCCGGCUAAAAAAAAAAUAAGAAUUAGCUCAAGUUGUGAAGGCCAAUUGGCUCCAGUGCAGUGGUCACCUUUGAUACAUUUUAAUACUUGUAAUGAAAUAAAUUCUUCACAUAUUUUUUUAAAAUUUUAUUUGUCCUUCCUAAAUACAUCGUGCGGAGCGUAAAUUAGUUUGUCUUCUCUCCAUUUCCAUUUGGUUUGCGUCUCCGAGGUAAUAUUUUGUUACCUUUCCUUUACACAAAUAAUUUUUCUGUUAUUAGCGCAGGAAGGGUGAAUUGUAAGGAAGGCAGCAAUCGCACACAGAACAGAUUUACAAAAUUGCUUUAACCGUGAUCCUUCGCUUAAAUUGGUCAAGAUUUUGAUUUUCAGCGUAGAAAUAGCAGUUUUUUAUUUCUGGAUCGAGUUUGUCAUAUACCGAACUUGGAACCGACCCAAAUUGUAAAGUUUGAGCUGAUGUUAAAUUUCAUUCUUUCUUGUAAUUUCAUUAACCACAGGGAAACUGUGAACACAGUCGACAGCGUUUCUACCCAUGUAGAUCCUAGCCCUCUUUCCACACGAAGCUGUUCGCCACAACAUCACAUCUUUUUUCUUAAGACGCACAAGACUGGCUCUAGUACGAUGGCAAAUAUUUUUUUUCGUUAUGGCGACUUCAGAAAUCUCGCUUUCGUUCUCCCAAGGUAUAUACUGUUUGAAUGGCCUCAAAGAUUCCAAACUUCCCUCGCCGCUCCCCUUCAAACGAGAAGGCCGAACAUUUUAUGCAGCCACACAAGAUUUAACAAGAAACCGAUCAACUGGAUUUUUCCGAAAGAUUCCAGCAAGUACAUAACCAUUCUCAGAAAUCCAGUGGAUAAUUUUGAAUCGGCCUUCAGGUACAUGAAACUUGGGGAGAUGUUUGGCUUUGGUAACCAUCCAAACUCUUUACAAAAGUUCCUUGAAAAUGGGGUCUCAUUCGCCAACAUGCUUAAAAGGCAUAAUCCCCUCGUAAAUCUUAUAAGAAAUCCUCUCAUGUUUGAUUUGGGUUUGAGUUUUAAGUAUUACCAGAAUUUUACCGCUGUAAAGGAGUAUAUUCAGUUUCUAGACAAAGAGUUUGACUUGGUGAUGAUAGCGGACUAUUUUGAUGAAUCAUUGGUGCUGAUGAAACGACUGCUCUGUUGGGAAAUGCAUGACAUUUUGUAUGUAAAGCUCAACGCUAGAGUAGAUAAUGAAACGGGAACAAUACUGACCGAGGACGUUAGGGAAAAUAUCAAAAGAUGGAACAAAGCGGACGUUUUGCUAUUUGAGCAUUUUAAUAAAUCAUUCUGGGAGAAAGUAAAGAACGAAGGAGAAAGUUUUAACGAAGAGCUGGCCGCCUUUCGUCAAAAGAACACUGCUAUAAAACAAGCUUGUAUAGAAAAUAAACCGCACUUUCAAACAAUUUAUGAGGGAAAGUUAGCGAAAGGUCACUCAAUUAGAGAAAAACUGCCCCGAAAAUUGCGAAUGUUUUGUGAAAAGUUAAUUAAAAGCGAAGAAUACUACCUGAAGAACUUGAGAGAAAAGUCUCAGCAUCAGAGAACGCCGUCUAGUUCGAUAGAUCUGCCUCAAAAUUACAAUGAACACGAGGAAGAAGACAAAAAGAGCUGGGAUACAACAAAAGAACUUUCCUACUUUCCUGUUCUGACAUUAAAUCACGACACUCGUGAGACGUCACCGUGGCGGCGUGUAGGAAAUCUGUGGAUAAAAUGGGGGCACAGAGCGGAAAGGAUGAGAAAAAGGCGGUAUAAAGCAAGACGACGGACGAAAAGGAGUUCUAGUUAA